AUGGAAGUGGGACUUGAUUGCUAUGGAGUUUGUGACCGGAUUACCAAAGUCGAGGUCAGGCGCGGAUGCCAUUGGGUACUUGUUGACCGAUUGACUGAGGCAGCAGUUUUUAUCCCGAUAAUCAUGACUUGGAGCAUGCAGAAGUUGGCAAGGUUGUAUAUCCAGCAUGUGGUAAAGAGGUAUGGAGUUCCGGAGGUGAUUGUCUCGGACCGCAACCUCCAUUUUGAGUCAAAUUUUUUGCAAAAGCUUCAUAAAGAGUUCAAUACUUGGUUAAGGAUGACUACGGCCUUUCAUCUAAUGACCGAUGGGCAGAUUGAGCGCACUAUUCAGAUUUUGGAAGAUAUGUUGCAAGCUUUUGCAUUCGAUUCUCAAGGCUGGUGGGAGGAUCAGUUGGCUCUGGUGGAGUUCUCCUAA